GGAAGGGAUCAGCUUCUUAGGAGGGGCAUGAGGGCUGGUCCCAUCGCCUGAGGAUGAGGGCUCGGCGCUCGCCCGCCCUUGAGCGCGGCUGGCGGGAGUGCGGCUUGGGAGGUGUGAGCGCUGGGGAGGGUUGCGCCGUCACCCCCGCUCUGGUUGCCGUGGUGUCAGGACCGUUAGUCCCUAGAAGGGAAGAAGAGGAGAUGGAGUUGGGGGCCUCUUCAUCCUCCAUCUCAUCAUUACCAAAAGCAGAAGACGAUCACUGCUAUGCUAGGCCAUGAAAACUGUCUUCCCCUCCCCAUCUGUCACUGGUGGUGAGAGUAAUCUGGAAUUAACAUCACAAUGGAAGGAAUACUUGGCUCUUUCUGUCCAUAGAAGGAGGAAUUGCUAGUUGGGAUAUGACAUUCCCUAAGAGGUUUCCUGCUGUCCUCUGAGGCCCAGGAACAGUGAGGUCUAACAGCAACAUACUUUGAUGACGUCUCCACGGCAUUAUCAGAAGAGAAAUGUUCACAGAAACUUUUUCCUGUAUAGUGGAUGAAUAAGAGGAUGAAGGAAUACUACAAACAGCAGCCAUAUAGUUGACAGAGUCCCCUUUCCCUUGGAUAACUUCACUAUAAGCAGAACUGUGGUACCAUUGUAAAAGUGGAGUGUGCUGAAGUAGGUUGGGACACUUGCACUACUUCACUAUAAAGGAAAUUCCAAGACAAAAAUAUAUUGAAAUGUAGCAAGCAGCUGGCUUCCAAAAGUUGUGACCCAGGAUUUUGUAAGCCUCUUGAAGUUCUGCUGCACACACCUAUCUUGUAGCUGCUUCUGGUGAAUAUGACUAUGAAAUACUUAAAAUGGAGUUUUUUGGCACUUUCGAUGCUUUCUGUCAUAAUAAUGACAUGGUACCUGACACUUCCUUUGCAUACUGUGAUAGAGCAUACAAACUGGAUGUAUUUCUAUGAAUAUGAGCCAGUUUACAAGCAGAACUUCCUCUUCACGCUGCGGGAACGUUUGAAAUGCAAAGAUACAAAUCCGUUUCUGGUCAUCUUGGUGUCUUCACAGCCUAUGGAGAUAGAGGCAAGGCAGGCCAUUAGAGUAACAUGGGGUUCUAAAAAAUCCUGGGGGGACAGUCAGGUUCUAAUACUGUUCUUACUAGGACAAGGAGCUGAAAGAGAAGACAGCUUAGCAUUAUCGAUAGAAGAUGAAAGUAUUCUGUAUGGCGACAUAAUUCGCCAAGAUUUUAUGGAUACUUACAACAAUCUUACCUUGAAAACAAUCAUGGCAUUCAGAUGGGUGUCUGAGUUUUGUUCAAAUACUAAAUACAUUAUGAAGACUGAUUCUGAUGUUUUCAUCAACGCUGGCAACUUAUUAAUGCUUCUUCAAAAUGUUAAUUCUUCAGACAGUUUUUUUACUGGUUACCCUCUAAUUGAUAACUUUUCCUACAGAGGGUUUUACAGAAAAAGAUAUAUUUCUUAUGACGAAUAUCCAUUUAAGGUAUAUCCUCCCUACUGUAGUGGAAUGGGGUAUAUACUUGAUGGAAAACUGGCUCUGAAGAUUUAUGAAAUGAUGAGUCAUGUCAAACCUAUUAAAUUUGAAGAUGUUUAUGUUGGCAUUUGCUUAAAUAUACUAAAUGUGAACAUCCAUAUUCUAGAAGAUACACAACUCUUCUUUUUAUACAAAAUUAACUUUAACAUCUGUAAAUAUAGACAUUUGAUUGCGGUACAUGGUGUGUCUUCAAGUGAAAUGAUCAGAUUUUGGCAGGAUUUAUUGACCAACACUUCACUCACUUGCCACUGAUCCCAAUUAAUAUAUGUCUGUCAAAAGCUGACUGCUUUGUCCUGGCCUCUUGGUUUGAAUUGCACUGUAGAAAGUGUCUAAAUUGAGUUUUGUAGAACAAGGAAAUGGAAAUGGGGUUUUAGAAAGGAUCACUCAGGCUUAUGGGACCACCCUGAUUACGAGGCACCAUUAAAACAGCAGAAUAUCUCUACAGAGGGUUUUCAAUAUAGUGGUUUUAAAUUGAGAAUGAGACUUUGUUGCACCUUUUUUAUUACAGAAUUAUUUAGAUUAUAUAGUAACAGUAUUCUGCUCACUCUACCCCUCUGCUUCAUUUCUGAACAGUCUGCUGCAAGUAUAGGGUCAUCCUGCCACCUCCCCAGGAAUCUGUUGUCCUGGGAUUUAUGGAACUACAGCAGCAGCAUCCCUUUUUUCUCAAAGAACUCUCCACAAACCUAGACCCUGGGGCAAACUCCUGUUUUCUUCAUAUGGAUACCUAGCCCAUUCUAGGGAAUGUCUCAUCCUGUGUCCCCAUCAACACAUGAACUCCUCCUCUGCACUUCAUGAUGCUCAAAGUUGCUUGCUUAGUCAACACUAAUGAUUCCUUUAGAAAUAUUGUGCCAAGAUUUUCAAAACUAGGAGCCUAAAAUUAAACAGCCAUGUUUUCACUGAAGUCAGCAGAAUUUCCAGGUACUCAGCAUUUCAGAAAAUCUGGCUGCUUUUUUAGGUGCCUAUAUAUGUAUUUUAUAGAAUUGCUUUAAUGGCUUCAGAUAGCUGCAUUGUUUUAUGUAGUGGUAAUUGUGUUCCGAGUAUAUUAAAGUAGAGGGCCAAUCUACUUAGUUCAAAUAAACUUAUUUUCAAGUUGCUCUGCAAUAUAGGACAGCAAAAUUUAUGCACUAAUAGGCCCAUCUCCACACCUAUCAGAAUCCAGGCAGGGAGAAUAAGCGAUGAGAUUUGCCGUGAAACUUGUCAGUUUAAAUGGCUUUCAAAUGCUGAGAUCAGCUUCCAUUUGCAAAAUAAACUCUUUGCUUCAGAGUUUAAAAUAAAAAUUUGGAAAUAUUGUUACCAGACUUUUCUCUAACAGGAAUCUUAACAAAAGAAAACAAAUGCAAUUUUGUAUGUAAAGGCCAGUAUUUUAUUGUCUUAGUCAUAUCAGCAAGGCCAUGUUUCCAGUAGUUUACGCUUCUGGUAGACAAUACAGAAUCUGCAAUUGCAUUAUCACAGUUGUUGUUCUUGAUACAUCUAAAAUCUAUCACAUACCAAAGAUACAACAGUUACAUCCUGUACAUCUAGCACUGCCACUUUACUUCUAGUCAUACUAUAGCUAAUGUUAUGAUAUUUACAUUUAAUUUGACUUUUAAAUAGUCUCUUAGAGACAAAUGUAGAAUAGGUAUAAAAAAACUCCACUACUAAUACCAAGAAUGAGGUUUCAUCAAUAUUUUUUAUGUGCAGUAUGAUCAGUAUUGAAUUUUGAUAACUUUGUAAUAGUAACAGCUUAUUAUUUUAAACCUACUAUGACUUGAACAUUUGUGUAUUUUAAUAGUGAGUGUUUGCCCCAUGAACGCUGAUAUUCAGUAUAGCUGGAUAGUGGUUAAUAUUGCUUUAAAAAAAAUACAUUAAGUUGAAUCACAAAAAGACUUUGCAGUUUUCACAAAGCUGAUGUAAGGCAGACGGCUCCUGCUGAGAAAAUAGGUAUGACAAUAAGAGAAAAGUAACUAACUUUUCUCCAAGCAAGAUAUUUUUGUGCCUGACAAGGUUCUAUGGCCAGAGUGAGAAACACUGAUCAGCGAUCGCAGGGCUUUUGCCUUCAGAAAUGUAGAUUUACACACAGUUUAGUCAACCUGAAAUUGUAACUUAAAGUGACAAAACUGAUCUUUUACUCUGAAACAACCUCUUAGGAACAGACAUUUUUCUUGCUUCCCCCAUUUCCAAACAGAUUUGAAUUCAUUACUAGAAGCAUAAAAAUAUGUAUUGCGGCUUGCCAUGUUACUUCAACAGAAAUGUGGGCUAUUUUUAAAAAAACAAACCUGAUUGUAAGAGGGGAAUUUAAAAUAAUCUUGUGAAUUUACACCAUCAGUCAAUUUUAAUGUAGACUACAAUUUGGGCCUGGACUACUAUGUCCCCUUAACAUGUUCUGAUAAAAAUGAAUUGUAAGCUUCAGCCUAAGAUUUUUUUUUAUGACCCUGUUUAUGAACUUAUUGGCCUUGCAAAUGAUGCAGAUGAAGCAGGUCAAACAUCCUUCAGGACCAUACAUAUUCUCACAGAGAGAGGUGGUAUGCACAAAAAUGCCUCAAACAGUGUUUGGUAUUUAGAGUUUUAUUCUAGUUAUUGAAAAUAGCAUUCACAAUGUAAAAUUACCACUGUAUCUAUCACCUGUAUAGUCUGCCAGUAGUGUUUGCAUAUUUAACUGUUUAGACGUUUUUACUGGGAUUCAUUGAUUGCGUACCUUCAAAUACAAAUAGUAAAUACUUAACCUGACUAGGUGCAUUGCAGGAUUAACCAUUUUAAUGAAGACCACAGACUACAUUGUUUGCCUCUACCCUGUUUUGGCAUUGUUUUAUGUCUGCCAUUUGUACAGUACUAAAAGAAGAAAAUGUACAGCAGUAUUUACAGCAAAUUGUGUUAAAUCACCUGUUUCAUUUAUCUUGGUAUAAUUAGUUUUUAAAAGUUUGAGUAAUUUAAACUGAAUUUAAUUAUGCUUGAAGUCUGUAUUCACAGUGUACAUAAUGCACCACACAAACUUGAACUAGAAACUGAUUGAGGGUAAACUAUAUAGGAUGUGAACACUGAAUUCCUAAUCUUCUGUCUAUAUCAGACAUGUUACUAUAUAUUACUUAAAUUAUAAAACCCAGAAGUUGCAAACAUGGGACUCAUGCUGCACUCAGACAAAAUUUCCACUGACAUCAAGGGGAUUGGGGUUGAGUGAUGUUUUGGGCCCUUAUAGGAAAACUGUAGCUCUUCCUAUUCUUGAAAUAGAAUAUAUGAUUUGGGAGGGAUUUGAAAUGUGUUCCUCUGAAUGCUGCUUGUUAAAGUGAUCUACUUGAUGCUCUAUACACACACAUUGCACUUCACAGGCUGACAAAUCAUGUUUGUAUACUAGUAGUAACGUGUGAUGGAAGGGAAACAAACACUUUCUACAAGGCAAGGAUAUAUGGCUUUUGUCUUAUUUCCAUGUGUAGUGGGGUCCAUGUUUUCUAAAAUAUUAAAACUGUAACUUGGUUUAUAAAUAUAUGUUGGGCCUCUGAUAAUCAUAAAGGGAUUAUAAUCCCUAACAGGCCCACGUGGUUUUAGAUUGUUUUUCUAUAGAUGCCUGCUAAGAAGGUAUCUUUCUAAUCUCUGAGAGAAUAUAACCUGUGCUGUAUUAUGGUUUGUCUCACCUUCAAUUAUAGGGCUUUAUUUUGCAUCCUUAAAACAAGCAAAUGCUGUAAUGUAUUGAAAAUAUCAAGUAGAAUAAAUUAAAGCCAACUGAGCCUAAUUGUUCUGUUUUAACUUUAUAGCUAAAACCUCACUAUCUCUAGCCUUGUGACUGUAGUUACUUAUAACAUUACUUUCUGCAAUCCAUGUUAAUCUGACUGGCUAUUAAAAAUCAGACUUUUAAAAGUUCAUUUAAGGUGUCAAUAGUAUAUACAUGCUGACUCCGUAUGCAAGAUACGGAAAAUUUAAUCUGCUGUCUUGCCCAGGACUCUUUGUAAUGCAUUGUCUGCAGCGUUCCUUAAAGCUAUAGAGAAGACCUUUCUCUCACAACUUAGAUUUCUGAAGUAAAAAUGCAAACUCUAAGUGCUUUUGGUUUUGAAUGAAAAGCAACUGCAAACUUUGUAAAGCACAGAGAGGAUCUUGGAUAUGAUGAUGUAAAUGUUAGACAACACUACUUGUUUUGACAGUGUGGUUUAGUUAGUGUCAUACAUACCUCAGGCUCUGCUCUUUUAAUCCACAAAAUACUGCACUGAUCUGAUAGGUUUCUAACAACCCAAACAGCAAUCAUAAAAAAAUGUAAGCAUUUUUCCUGAGCAGUCUUCCAUAUACCAGGGCCAGACAUGGUUCUACAACCUCUAACUGCAAUACUGGUCUUUGUAUUAUUACUUCUAAAGUACCCUGCUGCCCACCCCCAACCCCUGCUUCUCAUCCCACUACAGUAGUAGAAUCACAGGGAUCCCAAAAGUCUCAUUAUAAUUAAUUAAAAAGUGAAUGGUCAUGAAACUAGACAAGGACUAGGUCUUUUUGGUAAAACCUGCCGUGGUAAACCACUCUCUAUAUUUCAUAUCUCACACCUGUAUAAUCUGAGUAGUUUGUUACAGAGAGUUGAAUUGAGUCAAUAUAGAACAAAAACUACUUCAGAAAUUUAGCUUUUGAACACUAAAAGCUCUAAAGGGAUGUUCCCUGUGUGAUAAUCUUUAAAAAGUGGUAUUUUACUUACACAGACAGACACGAUUGUCUGUUCUGGGACCAAUGUUAUUUGACCACUAACUGAAACCAGUGUAUUAUGGUUGCAUAGGUUCUGCACUGAGAUUUAUAAAGAAUGUAACCAUAACUGAUUAGUAAUUUAUUGUGAAUUACCUGUAUAGAAUACACACUGAACUGGAUUUCUGAGCAGCUGGUUUCCUAUAAACUAAUACACCUCCCAAGGUUCAAGGGAUAGAGCUGUUGAAAUCCAGGACUUGUAAAUGCAGGGAAAUACUGUCCCCCUUGCCAUUUGUGGCUCAAGGAAUAUGGCCUUUUUCCUCUCUUGGUCUUAGGAAGAUACAAGAAACUAGCCUCUUCUAAAAUUAGGAUUCAAACCUUUUUCCUCCAGAAGGCCUCUAAUGUGGUUUUCACAAUCAUAUUUAUAGUUUUAGAUAAGCUUCAGUUGCUUUGACUUUUUACAUUUUACGGUACCUAAGAUACUCAUAUAAUAGUUGAUUCUAUAUAUACUCCAUAUUCAGAGGUCCUGCUCAAUGAAACUUUUGUAUAUGACGCACAAAAACCAAGUCCUUCAGUGCUAUACAAACAAACCUAGUAAUUCAAUAUACAAAAUAUACUUAAGUUAGAAUGUAAAUGUCCUAUGAGGUUCCAGUCUUUAGAUUUGGAAAGAUAAUUAUAAACUUAACCACCAUUAAAGAUUAGCAGCUGUAUUACAUGUCUGCUAAACCUCAAGCUACUAGUCAAAUUAAUUGCCUGAAGCUUUAAUAAAAAACCCAAACCUUCCAUUUUUCAAAACUACUUUUUUAAGGCCUGAUCCUGAUGUUACUCUGGACUGAUGAUAGACUGCUGCAGAACAGCCUUCAAGAUUGAGGCCUAAAACCUAUUUUAGAAAAUGGAAGGCUGAGGUUUUU